UGCGUACAGUGCGGAACAUGAAAAGCACACCAAUAGCGGAAUCAAUGCGCACCUGAACCUGAACUUGAAUGUCGCAUGUGUGCCAUUGUUGCUGCUUUUAUGCUAGACCUCUCGCCCCAAGGAUCUGCCCACAUAUGUAUUUUAUUUGCCUGCAGAGCCGCGCACGCAAUCCCCGCCAGUCAGCCCAAUUAGCCUGAUUUCGUGUACGUCAUCGUCGGGCCGAAAAUAAUUUGCAUUGCGACCAGCCAGAACGCCGGACCAAAGUCGCAUUUGCAUUGUGCCCGUUCGUUCGAUGACGUCUGGCUUUACUAUUCACAUGGCCGGCAGCCAGAGGCCAUCGCACAAUGAGCUCGGUUCGAGAGAUCCGGCAGAUAGCGCAAAUUAACUUGACAAAGGCGGGCAUGAUAACCACUUAGCACCUUCACCUUAGAUGAUAGAAACAUUUGGUUCGGACUCAAGCCAACAUGCAGCACAGCAGCGCGGGAAGUGAGGAGCGGAUAACCAGUUCCACCAGCAGCCCCAGAUCCGGUCACAAGUCCGCCAGCUCCCUGUUCGGUUUGCUGAGCAAGCGACCUAGUAAAGUGGAGCCACAUCCCGUGACCCCCGAAUCGCCAAGACUACAACAGAGACCCGUGUCCGCCUGUGGGCAAUACGAUGUCAGUUUCGCCAAGUGCAAUGCGGAGACGUCUGCAAACCAUGUUAAUAACAAUGGCAGUACCCUUAAGAGCCAAACCCUGCCGCUGGAGAAGUCGCACAGCGGGCUGAUCAGCUUCCAUAGGCGUGCAAAGCCAAGUUCCUCGAAAGGAAAGAACCACUCGUACCGGCACAGUACGGAUGCGGGCUCCCAAAGCGAUGGAGGAGCCGACGUGGUUAUGCGGCGCAAGUCUCCCAAGCACCGCUCACCCAAUCACAACAGAUUUAGCCACCAGUUCAGUCUGUGCUGCAAGGCGGAAAAGAAACCGAUGACGCCGCCGGUGACCGUGCGGUAUAACUCCAUACCGGAUAACAACAGUGUUUUGCGCCGCGAUAACCUCUCGCUCAGCUGGAGCAUGGUGGACAACAACUCGGGCUCGCUGCACUCCAGCGAGGGAUCCACUCGCCGACCGCGUCCGUCCAGCGAGUGUGCCAGUGCCCCAGAAUCACCGGUGGCCAGCAAGACCUUUUUUGCCCAGUGCAGUCCAGCGGCGGCCAGCGCUUCGGUUGCACGGAGCGAAAGCCUCCAGAAUCGGUCGCCCAUUCGACCCAUAGCAGUAUCAGCCUGCCGUUCCCGACUGCGUUUAAAGCUCUAUCCACCUGGGCAACAGCUACCUCCUCUUCAGGCAGCCAACGAACCUGGUGACAUUAAAAGAGCCACCACACCACAGCACAUGUCCUCGCCCAAUAUAGCCACGCAGCCGGAUGAAAUAGAACACAUAGAGGAGCAGCCAGGCGUGAGGUUUAUGUCGCACGAGAACAUGACACUCCAAAGACAGGGUUCGGGAUCUAAUUUGGCCCGCCAGACUUUAAUGGCGGCCCAUGCAUUGAACCUUAUACCGGCGGAAAAGGCUAGGGAACGGAGUUUCCUGGAUGGCAGGCUGGGAUCAACUUCGCUUUUGGGUCCCAGUGAGCUAAGCCGCGUGCUGCCACAAAAGGAGAUAACCGUCUUCGUGGGCACUUGGAAUAUGAAUGGCCACAGUCCACCCAAACAACUUAAUGAUUUUGUGCUGCCAGCCAAUGUGGAGCACGUUCCCGACAUUGUGGUAAUGGGCACACAGGAGUCCACCCCCGACCGCUUCGAAUGGGAGGUCACCAUUCAGGAGACCUUAGGUCCCUCCCACGUGCUCUUCCAUGCCACAACUCUGGGUACCCUCCAUCUGGCUGUGUAUAUGCGACGGGACUUGAUCUGGUACUGCUCCGUACCCGAGGAUGCCUCUAUGUCGGUGCGCACGGGCUCCGCCUUUCGAACAAAGGGAGCCGUGGCCAUAUCCUUUUGCCUGUUUGGCACUUCCAUGCUGUUUGUGACCUCGCAUUUAACGGCGCACCAGCAAAAGGUGAAAGAGCGUGUGUCGGACGUAAAGCGGAUCAUCAAUGCUCUGGACUUGCCUCGCAAUUUGCCCAAUCAGCGGCAUAAGAACAAAGAUGUCACGCAAAACUUUGACAAUGUCUUCUGGUGCGGCGAUCUUAACUUUCGACUGGGCGAGCCACGUGAGAAGCUGCUGGAGUGGAUUCAGAACACCAAGUUUCCGCUGCCGUCACACUUACCGCAUGGUUACAUGCAUACGGAUCAGUUGACUUCCGUUCUGGCUGAUGGCGCCGCCUUCCGUGGCUUUAUGGAGGCAAACAUCACGUUUCCACCCACGUACAAGUACGAUCCGGGCAGCCAGAACUUCGAUACCUCGUCAAAGCAGCGUGCGCCCGCCUACACGGAUCGCAUUCUCUACAAGUACCGCCAAAUGCAGGGACUAGUCAUUCGUCGGCAGACCCUUGUGCCCGGUGUUUCCACACCAACGCAGCCACACGUUCAAUGUCUGCUCUACGACUCGGUGCCUUCGAUAACCACCUCGGAUCACAAGCCAGUGUGGGCGCUGUUCCGAACACUCAUCCGUGCGGGAACUGAUGCAAUUCCCUUGGCUGCUGGCCUCUUCAGUCGCGACAUUUAUCUGGAGGGAAUGCGUCGACGCUUGAAUAACCAGUAUAGCGGCGCCUCGGCCGUUUGUGUGUUACAGUAAACUAUUGAGAUGCUAACCAAAGCUAGGCUUCCUAGUGGUCGCCCACCCACGUUGAAAUCUAUUUAGUCAUUUACUCGAAUCUCAAAGUGCUAGUCAAAGCUUUCCUACGGUUGUGCGACGCCUUUGUACUACCCCGAUUAGAAUGUUACCCAGUGCGCUGUCGGAUGUCGAAGUAACGAUAUAACCAUUAAAUACCCUGCAAUGCUGCGGUAGAUCUUAGGCGCUGCCUUUCGCCUCGAGGCCUUAGUCGUAAUACGUUCCUUAUGAGAUUAUUUAAUACAUACUCGAGCAACAAUUCUGUACCUCUACUAUGAAGCACAAGCUUAGUCCGUAGUUAAACUAAAUCUGAUAGUUAAAGUUUAGUCAAAUAUUGAAAUGAAAUCGAAAUAUGAAUUACUUUGAAUGCGUAAUGUUAACUAGCAGUAAAUAUAUUUUAUGCAUCUAACGGAAGAGCUUUAUUACUUGUUGAA